AUGUCCUCCUCCGCCGGCGACGGCCUCGCGCCCCCGUCGUCGGCGUCCAAGGGCAAGGCCAGGAUGGACGACGACGCCGAGGCCGUGGCCGCGGCGCCGGAGGGCGUGCCCUGCGGUAUCUGCUUCACGGACUCGCGCCGGGCGAUCCGGGGCGAGCUCGACUGCUGCGCCCACCACUUCUGCUUCGUCUGCAUCAUGGCCUGGGCGCGCGUCGAGUCGCGCUGCCCCUUCUGCAAGGCGCGCUUCCACACCAUCCGCCGCCCGCCCGUCCCCGGCCGCCUCCCCUCCGAGCGCAUCGUCAACGUCGCCGAGCGCAACCAGGUAUACCAUCCUCGAGGCAAUGUGAGUAGCGUGGUGAGCACUGAUCCUUACGUGAACAGCCGCUGCAGCGUAUGUAACUGCUCCAGUGAUGAGGACCUGCUGCUCCUCUGCGAGCUGUGCGAUGCGGCUUCACACACGUACUGCGUGGGGCUAGGGACCACUGUGCCAAAGGGAGACUGGUUCUGCAAGGACUGUGAAACAUCCAAGGAGGAGCACUCGAGGUGUCAGAUCGAGGAUGGUGGGUCUAGUGAUCAGGGUGAAAUUGAAAUCACCAUUGAAGUUCCAACUGCUGAGCCAGUUACAGAACCUUCCGCUUCUGAUAUUGUGGAUGAGGGUUCCUCUCUGAGUUCAGUGCGCCGCACAAAUACGAGGAGCAGUGGGACUACCAUUGAAGUUCCAACUGCUGAGCCGGUUACAGAACCUUCCGUUUCGGAUAUUGUGGAUGAGGGUUACUCUUCGAGUUCACUGCGCCGCACAAAUACGAGGAGCAGUGGGACUACCAUUGAAGUUCCAACUGUCCAGCCAGUUACAGAACCUCCCGUUUCAGAUAUUGUGGAUGGGAGUUACUCUUUGAGUUCACUGCGCCGCAGAAAUACGAGGAGCAGUGGGCCUAUCCCAGUUCCGUCUAUUUAUGAUAAUGUGGAUGAAGAUUACGGGACAAUUCCAGUGCAUGGGACAAAUGCACAAAGCAGUGGGUCUUUCCCAGUUCCUUCUGUUUAUGACAUUGUGGAUGAGGAUUACGAAAUAAAUCCACUGCGUAGGACCAAUACGCGGAGCACUAGACCUGAUAGAAAUGCCAAUGAUUUGCCAUCGCAGGGUAAUUCUUCUGAUGGAUCAUAUUCUCAUGAAUCUCCUCAAGGGCGAGGCACUGGUCGCGCAUUGUUGCAUGCCCAUGCUCGCUUUGGAACUGAGAGAGCUAGAACAUUUCGUAAUUCUCGCAAUCUUAAUAACCGUAUAAUGCUGCUGCGUGAGAACUGGCCUGCUCUCCGUGCAGGUUCUGCGGGAUUUGCCACACAUCUACACAACAAUAGCGCUAGUUCUUCUGUUAAAGAUCAUCAGCAGUCUGCGGCACCUCCGCCUAAGGAGACCCGUUAUGUCAAUAAGGCAUGGAAAAUGUUGGAAAUGGCAAACUCUGCUGGUGGAAGGAAGAAAUGUGACAAGCCUUCCUCCCUAGACUGCACUCCUCGAUUCUCUAUGGGAAAUAGGUCAACUUCAUUCAGCCCGAUUGAUACAAUCUUAGGACAGAAGAAGCAGAGCCUUUCUCCUACCGUGACUCAGAGAAACGCUAUGAAAUUUGACCGUGGUGCAAAAAGGGAUAAUAUACUGCCCAGGAAGGAUGUUGUAGGGCACUGCGACUUGCCUGGGAAUCGCCAUGUAUUAGUUUGUGAAGGAAUUGGUUCAUUCCAGAGUAGAAUGACAAAUCAGGAAAGUCCAAAUGGUAAAGUUGCCUCGUCAAGCCAUAGUCAGCAUGUUGAUCAGACACCAGAAUCUUCGUGUGGCGGUAAAGUUGCCUUAUCAAGCCACAGACAACAUGUUGAUCAAACAUUGGAAUCUGUGCAUGGCCCGCUUGGAUCAGGGAAACCUAAAAUGGAUGCACUGCAUCCAUCUGCAAACAGUCUAUCGUCCGGUCGUCCCACGGCGAUCUCUCCGCUACAAAUCGUGUCGAGCGCUGGGAGCCAAUCUGGUGCAAAGGUAAACCCUCAGGAACCUUCAGCAGCUCGUGCUGCAACAUCCUAUGAAAUUGGUACCGUGGCAGCAACAAUUGAAGUUAGAAAAAGUUCUGGACCAGACCGUGGCGAGUCCAAGAGAAAACAUCGUUCUGGAAUGCGUGAUGAUCAAGGAUCCAAAAAACCCAGGGUAAACCCUGAGGAACCUUCAGCCGUUCGUGCCACAACAUCCAAUGAAAUUGGUACCGUGGCAGCAACAGUUGAAGUUAGAAAAAGUUCUGGACCAGACCGCGGUGAGUCCAACAGAAAACUUCGUUCUGGAACGCGUGAUGAUCAAGGAUCCAAAAAACCGAGGGUAAACCCUGAGGAACCUUCAGCCGUUUGUGCCACAACAUCCAAUGAAAUUGGUACCGUGGCAGCAACAGUUGAAGUUAGAAAAAGUUCUGGGCCAGACCGUGAUGGAUCCAAGAGAAAACAUCGUUCUGGAACACAUGAUGAUCAAGGAUCCAAGAAACCCAGGAAGAGUGGUAAACUUGCAAAAAGUGAAAUAUCAUGCUUGGCCAUGCUUGAGUUGAAGCUACUCAAGAUAGACAAAACCUACGGUUCCGACAGAUUCAAGGAGGUUGCUCGAGCAGCAACACACACCGUCUUGGCUUCCUACGGACUGGAGCAUACUCCAUCAGUAGCCCUGGCACUCCCCAAACCGGUCUGCAAGCACAGCUGCAGAACCGGAUCUUCCAAACCGUCAGCGAUAGCCAACACCUGCAAGGAAUGCCUGCGUGGUUUCGUGAAGCAAGCCAUCAGUUCGGUGUUGGCCAGCAAGCAGAUGGAUCAAACUGCCGCCUCUUGCUAG